UUAUUUUUGUUUACAAAUAUAGCUAGCUAGCUACCUAAGAAGCAAUCCGCUGGCAAUUGUUUAUUCAACGCCAGUUCAAUUACAACAAGAUAACAACAUGAACGGAAUUCACACUGUGUUGUUGGCUGACGCAUAGUCAUUCACAUGGCACUAUAUACUUUGAGGUUAACAUACAUAUUUAGUUUGGUUUUAGCUAGCUAGCAUCAUGAAGUUGACAAGCUAAAUUGCUUACUAGCUUUGGUACGAUAUCAGUAUUAACUAUUGACGAGAUUUUUGGGGACGUGGAUCGUGUGGUAUUUCUGCAAGCUCAUUAUGGAAGGAGUUCUCUAUAAGUGGACAAAUUAUAUGACAGGGUGGCAGCCACGCUGGUUUGUUUUAGACGAUGGAAUAAUUUCCUACUAUGAUUCUCAAGAUGAUGUCUGCAAAGGGAGCAAAGGAAGUAUUAAGAUGUCUGUCUGUGAAAUCAAAGUUCACCCCACCGACAAUAACAGACUGGAACUGAUCAUACCAGGAGAGCAGCAUUUUUACGUCAAAGCUGUCAAUGCUGCCGAACGACAGAAGUGGCUUGUGGCACUUGGAAGUUCCAAAGCUGGCCUUGCUGACACGAGGGCCAAUAAAGAAAAAGAAAUAACAGAGACGACAGAAUCUCUGAAAACGAAGAUGUCCGAGCUGCGUCUCUACUGUGACUUGCUAAUGCAGCAGGUCCACACGAUACAGGAGUCUGUGGGCCAGGAGGACCAGGAAAGAGACCACUCCAAUUCCAGCUCGGAGACUCUGAAUGAGGCCUCCUCUUUACUGAGUGCCACUUGUAACACCUUCAUCAAAACACUGGAAGAAUGUAUGAAGAUGGCCAACUCCAAGUUCAAGACAGACAUGGUCCUGUUGAACCCUCCAGAUGACAUGAUGAUCUCCCCUGUUUCUCCUUCCCCAAUACAGAUGGCCCGGAUGAAGCGGUCCAUAAGUUACCCGGGCACGUACAACUUCGACAGGUCUGGUCUCCCGCCAAAGGAGGGUGUGAUAUCAGGUCAAAGGUCAACCCAGAGGAGGAUACGGACUUGUUCGGACACAGAGACUCACAGUGACAGCUGUGUUUAUGAGAUGGACCGCACUGCUGUGCUGUGUCUCAAUGCCAGUGUGAACGGGGACUCCUCCCACAGUAUCCCCGAGGAGUGUGGUGCCAUCAGUCCUACCAGUCCCCGAGCUAUGUCAGACACUCCAGAUACUGACCUGUCCAUCUGACCUGUCCUGUCACUCACCAAAUACAUUGCAGUAUCUUCAGAUAAAGAGACUUUAGAAGUGUUUUGUGAAUCCAGGUCCUGGAGUUGAGAUUGGUCGUCUGCUGUCAAGUGACUGGUCCGUCUGGUCAGUAGGCCUGUGCAAACUUGUAGGCAUAGUACUGUCUAUCUUUUCUGAAUAAUGACUUGGCUAAAGCGUGAAUAGCUGAAUGUAUCAGGUACUUCAGUUACUCUACUGAAGUUAGACUGAUCUGAGGCUACUGUAAUGUGAGGUGUUACUAAGGUUGUGUUCAUUAGGGCACGCAAUGGGAAAAAAUUUGUGUUUCUUAUUGAACAACUCUAGUUGUCCUUCCCUGUCAUUUUCUUCCCUUCAGUGCCUAAUGAACACUCCCCAGCUUUUAUUGCUCACAUACUGCAAUGCAGUCACUGCUUGGCAAUGCGUUAAUGGUAUUUUCAAAAAGUAUUGUAUUUUUUUCCUGUGGAAGCAUUGCUUUGCACUUUAAGAAUUAUGGAUCAAAACAAAGUCCUUUUUGAAUGUUUGUACUAUUCCAGGAAGUUUUAUGUUAUUAUUGCAGAAUAAAAUGUUUGAUAUGCAACAUUACUGUUCAUUCACUAUGGAGUGAAAAAUUGUCCUUGAAACACAGAGGUGGGACAUAUUAGCCUUUAACCAAAACCCUUAAAUGUUAGGGUUGCUAACUGUGCCAAGGACCAAUUCAGAAUGUGUGGAUGUGGGUACAUUUUCAUCAAUGGGCUGAGUUCACAUGCAUCUCCUGGUACCCCGGAUGGGCAGAGUUUUGUCUAUUUUAGACCAUUCCGGUCCUAAAGUGAAAUCUCCACCCUCCCAAGUCACUGGGAGAUGCAAAACAAACUUGCCCAAUAUUUCAAAUUUGGCAAGCCCCCAGUGUUCACCAUAUUGCUAUGUGACAGACACUUUUUAUUGUUAUUUUUUUAAGUUAUGUUUGCCAUUCAUUACAUCCACCAAAAAAUAGUAAUGCCUUAACAGAGAUUCUGGGCAUGGAAGGAGUUAUGUGACUGUAUGAUGUUGAUGUUUGAAAUGUGAAGAUGUGUCUUAAAAAUGAAGUGAAAUCACUUGUUUGUAUAUCAUUUCUACAUUGAUUGUAUCAUAAUACUGUUAAUUCUGACAGAAGACAAAGGUCGAUGUUUUCGUGGGUGCAAAAGAAUUGUGCAAUGUCCAAAAUUACUGUCAACCUCAUAUUGCAGGUGAUUACAUUAUUUUUUUAUAACACACAUUGUUAAAGAAAAGUUCCUAAUUAAAGUAUGCUGCCAGAUUAUA